AUGAGUCCCAUUAUUGCUUGUGAUGUUCUAAGUAUGGCGACAUCUCGAGAUGUUUGGAAGGCGUUAGAAGAUCUCUAUGAAACAGCCAACAAGGCUCGAAUAAACCAACUAAAGACGAGUCUCCAAACUACUAGAAAAAAUCAACUCAAGAUGAGUGAUUACCUUUCUACUAUGAAACAACUUGCUGAUUGUUUAACUCUUGCAGGUGAACCUAUCAGUACAAGCUCUCUCCUUUCAAGUGUCCUCACAGGACUCAAUGCCGAGUACCUCCAAAUUAUCUGUCAGAUAAAUGCCAAAGAAAACAUAUCUUGGCAAGAGGUUCAUGCAACACUUAUCACAUUCGAGAAUAUAUUGAUUCACCUCAACAAUGUCAGUAUUGCAGAUGUCUCUGGUCCCUCAGCCAACUAUACUUACAACAAAAGUGUAAGCCAAAAUUGGAAUCCACACCAACAAGGGCAAGGUAGAGGUCAAGGACGAAACUCAAGAGGUAGAAACCGAGGGGGAAGAUUUCAAGGUCAGAGAUCAAAUAGUUCAAGGCCUACAUGUCAGGUAUGUGGCAAGAUUGGUCAUCUAGCUGUUGUAUGUUAUCACAGAUUAAAUAUGCAAUACAUGGGAAACACUCCACAAGGAGGAAAUCAAGCUCCAAAUGCCUACAUUACUGGACCUGAAGUUAUUAUUGAUCCAAACUGGUUAAUUGAUAGUGGAGCAACAAAUCAUAAAACAAAUGAUGCUACAAAUCUUGGUCAGCAAGCAGAAUAUCAAGGGAAUGAAAACCUCACAGUAGGUAAUAGAUAUAAACUAGCUAUUGCCCAUGUUGGAUCUACUGUUAUUUGUCAAAAAGAAACAAUGGACAAGGAAACAGGGAGAAUAAUGCUGGAAGGGAAGCUUAACCAAGGCUUGUACCAACUAGACCUUCUGAAACCCAAAAGAUCAAAGUUUAUCCAAAAUAAAAGAGCAAUGCAAUCUACUCACCAUGUUGCUCAAGUCAAUUCUGAGUGUCAGUCUUCUAGUCCCCAAGUCCAUCUAAUGAAAGUUUAG